GCCGGGAGCAGCAUAAACCUUUCUUUCUCUCUACCCAUUCGCUGCUCGUCAAACAUUGCACAACAAAAAAUAAGAUCCCAAAGAAAAAGCCAAAGCCAAGGUAAGAAACAGAGAAGGGGUGUGGGUGGAGAAGAAACAAGAAAGAAAUGCCGGCUCAGAAGCCUUCUUCCGAAGCCGUCUUCACACCAGAAGGCAGCGAUCUCCUGCUUCUCGAUCAGAGUAUUAACAACCAUGAACAACACCCCGUAGAAACCGAAGAUGCUGCUGAUGAAUCUGAUCGCUGCCCUUGUCCUUGUAACGAGAAUGAACAAGAUUAUGUUAUAGUAAAAUUAUCUGACGUACGUAAGGAAGUACAGUGCCCAAUCUGCCUGGGGAUCAUUCGCAAAACUAGAACUGUAAUGGAAUGCUUACAUCGCUUCUGUAGAGAAUGCAUUGACAAAUCUAUGCGCAUGGGGAACAAUGAAUGCCCUGCUUGCCGCACACAUUGUGCUAGUCGCCGGUCUUUGAGAGAUGAUCCUAACUAUGAUUCCCUAAUCGCAGCCUUAUAUCCAGAUAUAGAAAAACAUGAGGAAGAGGAAUUGACUUUGCAUGAGGAGGAGAAAGCUCGGAAUAAACAGAUCCAAGCUUCAAUCACCCAGACCUUGCAUCGGCAAUUAGAAGUUCUGGGUAGGAAGCGAACAGUUAAAGCCAAUGCGUCUGCAACUAUAAGGAGAUCAAACUGCCGCUAUCAAAGGAGAAAAUAUCGAGCUUCUGAACCUCAAGAGUCUGAUAAUAAUGAGGAUGCCAAUGAAAAUGGAAGCACGGGUUCAUCUUUGGCCGAUGAGGAUCUUACUGAGGUCAAACCAAAGAGAUUGAAGAGAUGGGAGGGUCGGUGUUCUCAGCCUUCAUCAGCUGCUAGUGCAGACGGGGUUGGUGACGAAAAUGAUUCUGAAGUGAAUAGAGAAUCCUUGGGUGUAUCUGCUGCACUUAGUCCCUCAGAAAGGCUUCACUUGGGAGCAAGCGGUAUUCGCAGUCACACAGCACAUGGCAGUUUGAGUGGUGAUGAAAAUGAUUCUGAAGUUAACAGAGAAUCCUUGGGCUUGUUUGCAGCUCUUAAUGGCCUCUCCGAAAGGCUUCAUUGGGGAGCAGGCGGCAUGCGCAGUAACACAAGACAUGGCAGUUUGAGUGGUGGAAAUGGAAAGAAAGCCCGAAACAGCCGCCUCCCAAAGUUGGUGGAUUGUCUCCAGAACCUAGAGGAGAAGGAUGAUGAGUUGGAUAUCCACCUGAUGCUUGUUUCAAUUGAUGAACAAAGAAUACCCUGUUUACAGAGGCCUUACCUUUGCUGCAGGCCUACGUUGUUGGUUAGACACCUGUGCCAGUAUGUAGCUCUUCAAACUGCUUUACAAGCCAGUGAAAUUGAAAUAUACCUGGUAAAAGAGUUAUAUUCUACGGCCAACAUGUCAACCUAUAAGAUUACCAAGCCCGGUUUAGUUGAAUCAGUCAGAGAUAAGUUGGAAGUUUUAAAAGAGGAAGAAACUUUGGGUGGACUUGGACGCCAAACUUCCAGUCAUAGCCAUUUGAUUCUUGCAUAUCAGAAAAAGGAGAAUAGAAAUGGACAAUGUCAAGUUUAGUGCCAGCCUUGUCAGACAAGAGCAAGAUGUUUCCCGUUGCUGUUACAAUAUAUUUGUGUAUGAAUAUACAUAUACGUAUAUACAUAGAGAGAGAGGGUGUUAAUAUAAGGAAUCUGAAUACAUUUUGGUUU